AUGCGGACCAACUUGUACUCUACCUUCGAUGACCUGACGAAAGCCUUCGACACGGUGAAUCGUGAAGGACUGUGGAAGAUCAUGCAGAAGUUCGGCUGUCCAGAGAGAUUUACUCAGAUGGUUCAUCAGCUGCACGACGGUAUGAUGGCGCGAGUCACGGACAACGGAGCUGUCUCAGAGGCACUCGCAGUGACCAACGGAGUGAAGCAGGGAUGCGUUCUGGCGCCUACCCUCUUCAGUCUUAUGUUCUCUGCCAUGCUGAUGGACGCCUACCGUGAUGAAAACCCCGGGAUCGGCAUCGCCUACAGGACGGACGGUCACCUGCUGAAUCAACGGUGGAUGAACUUCCGAUCGCGUGUAUCCACAACCACUGUUCAUAAACUUCUCUUCGUCGACGACCGCGCCCUGAACACCACCUCGGAAGAGGAGAUGAAACGCAGCAUGGACCUAUUCUCCGCCGCCUGCAAGAACUUUGGGCCGGUUAUCAACACGCAAAAGACGAUGGUGAUGCACCAACCGCCACCGAACACCGCCACUCACCCCAACGCGCUGCAAAUCAGCGUGAACGGAACCCAAAUGCAAGUGGUGGAGAACUUCCCGUACCUGGGCAGUACCCUCUCCCGCAACACCAAGAUCGAUGAAGAAGUCUCCAACAGGAUCUCGAAAGCCAGUCAAGCCUUCGGUCGCCUCCAAAGCACAGUUUGGAAUCGUCACGGACUUCAACUGAGCACAAAGCUAAAGAUGUACAAGGCCGUCAUCCUGCCGACGCUGCUGUACGGAGCGGAGACUUGGACAUUGUACACAAAGCAGGCACGCCGACUGAACCACUUUCACCUCAGUUGUCUUCGUCACAUCCUGAGGCUGAACUGGCAGGAUCGAAUUCCCGACACUGAUGUGCUGGUGCGAACGGGAAUCCUCAGCAUCUACGCCAUACGGAGACAAAUACAGCUGCGUUGGAGCGGCCACCUGGUGAGCAUGGACGACGAGCUACUACCCAAACGACUCUUCUACGGAGACGUCGCAACGGGUUCUUGCCUGCAAGGAGGUCAAAUUCGCCGAUAUAAGGAUACUCUGAAGUCCUCCCUGAAACGUAUGCAAAUCAACCCGACCAACCGGGAAGCGCUCACAUUCGACAGACCGACCUGGCGGAGUACAGUGAAAACGGGCGCUGCGAUCUACGCAGCCAACCGCAUCGUUGCCCCCCAAGUGAAACGCGAAGCCCGCAAGUCACAACUGCGCCCAGUAUGCAACGCCGACGCACAACCGUCUCCAACGUGUCCUUGA